GCGGGCCUGGGACGGCUUCGGAACGCGCGGAGGGGGCGCAGGACCCCGCGCAGCAGUGUCGCCAUGGCAGCGGGCACUGGAGGACUUCCCAGGGAGGAUGGGCGGAGCAAGGCCGACUCCUCAAGCUUCUCUGGCGACGACGUGCAAGAGAAGUCACAAGGACUCGAUCCCUACUGCGCUGAGUAGGACCUUUUAUGGGGGAAAGAUAGCACGGACAGGGAAGGUCUGUAAGUAUGAGGAAACCCAGGCAACCUGUUUACCACCUACUUCCACAGAUAUAAAAUUCUCCCCGUUUCACCUAACCCCAAAAAGUGUCUCCAAGUAAGCUCCGCUAGCUUUGCGGGUUCAGCUCCGGACCCUACUCCCUUCUCGGAAGCACGUUUUCCCCGAGGACAAUAAGACACGAACCUCUUCCGGCUGUGAAACAUGGCGGCGCCCAUUGGAAGGACCACAUUUGGGAGCGGGACCGUAAGGCACUUCCGUCCGGGUUCAGCUCUUCCGCGAGCCCGGGACGCGGGCUUUAGGCAUGGGGUUAACCGGCCUGGCGCGGCUGCAUGGGCUCUUCGCCGCCUACAAGCCCCCGGGGCUAAAGUGGAAGCAUCUGCGCGAUACCGUGGAGCUGCAGCUUUUGAAAGGUCUCAAUGCUGGGAAGCGUCCUGCCUCUGAACAUCGUGUUCGCUUCCUGCUGGGCCCCGUGGAAGGCAGUGAAGAGAAGGAGCUGACCCUCACAGCCACCAGUGUGCCCACCUUCAUCGACCAUCCGCUGGUAUGUGGACCAGCAUUCACCAGCCUGAAGAUUGGCAUCGGGCACCGACUGGAUGCCCAGGCGUCUGGGGUGCUUGUGCUCGGCGUGGGACGUGGACGAAGUCUCCUCACCGACAUGUACAACGCUCACCUCACCAAGGAUUACACAGUACACGGCCUCCUGGGCAAAGCCACAGACGACUUCUGUGAGGACGGGCGGCUGGUGGAGAAGACGACGUAUGACCACGUGACCAGAGAGAAGCUGGAGCGAAUCCUGGCCCUGAUCCAAGGUUCCCAUCAGAAGGCUCUGGUGAUGUACUCCAACGUUGACCUACAGACCCAGGAGGCCUAUGAGAUGGCCGUGAGUGGCGUGAUGCGGCCCACGAACAAGUCCCCGAUGCUGAUAACUGGCAUCCGAUGCCUCCAGUUUGCGCCUCCAGAGUUCCUCUUAGAGGUGCAGUGCAUGCAUGAGACGCAGAAGCAGCUGCGAAGGCUGGUGCACGAAAUCGGCCUGGAACUGAAGAGCACUGCUGUCUGCACCCAGGUGCGGCGUACACGCGAUGGUUUCUUCACCCUGGACGAUGCCCUCCUAAGGACCCAGUGGGACCUACCCAGCAUCCAGGAUGCCAUCCAGUCCGCAGCACCCCGAGUGGCAGCAGAGCUGGAGAAGAACUUGAGGCUGGGGCUGGGCACCCAGCAGCCCUCCAGUCCAGGCUGGCCCUGGGACUCCGAGGGGCCAAGCUCUGCCUUGGGGCUGGAGAGCCAUGCGGGGCAUUGAAAGGCCAGGCAGCUGGUGGAGCAGUGGGUGUAUAAAGAUAAGAAUUGUU